UUAUUCUUUUCCCCAAACCUGAAGCCGAGCACAGUUCACUUAUCAUAAGUUGCUUUACUUUCGAGAGAGAGAGAGAGAUAAAGGGUUUGUGUUUUCGAGAGAGAGCUUCAGCAUCUAACAAUGGAGGGUAAAGAAGAAGAUGUGAGGUUGGGAGCCAACAAGUACUCCGAGAGGCAACCCAUUGGGACCGCAGCUCAGACGGACGACAAGGACUACAAGGAACCACCUCCGGCGCCGCUCUUCGAGCCCGGCGAGCUCAAGUCAUGGUCCUUCUGGAGAGCCGGUAUUGCUGAGUUCGUGGCUACCUUCUUGUUCCUGUACAUCACUGUUUUGACCGUCAUGGGAGUCAAAAGAUCUCCAAAGUGUGGCUCUGUGGGUAUUCAGGGUAUAGCUUGGGCCUUCGGUGGAAUGAUCUUUGCCCUUGUCUACUGUACUGCUGGAAUCUCAGGUGGUCACAUUAACCCAGCCGUGACUUUUGGCCUUUUCCUAGCAAGAAAGCUCUCGUUAACAAGAUCCAUAUUCUAUAUGGUGAUGCAAUGCCUAGGAGCAAUCUGUGGGGCUGCAGUUGUGAAGGGGUUCGAGCAUUCUCAAUACAAGCUUCAAGGUGGUGGAGCCAACGUUGUCAAUCCUGGCUACAGCAAGGGCGAUGGCCUUGGUGCUGAGAUUGUGGGCACUUUCGUUCUUGUCUACACUGUUUUCUCUGCAACUGAUGCCAAGAGAAGCGCCAGAGACUCCCAUGUCCCUAUCUUGGCUCCUCUUCCUAUUGGGUUCGCAGUGUUUUUGGUUCACUUGGCCACCAUCCCCAUCACCGGAACAGGCAUCAACCCCGCCAGGAGUCUUGGUGCGGCCAUCGUCUACAACCAGGGACAUGCCUGGGAUGAUCACUGGAUCUUCUGGGUGGGACCCUUCAUUGGAGCUGCACUGGCUGCGCUAUACCACCAGAUAGUCAUUAGAGCCAUCCCAUUCAAGAGCAAGGCUUGAAAUCUCUGUGUUUUUCAUCUCUGUGUUUAUUAGUAGUGUAUGUCAACUUCUUUUUAUAUAUGUUUAAUUAUCAUUUGAUGAGAUUGGAAAUGAAAGGCUGGAUUCUAAUUUAUAAGGAAAACAUUAAAUAUUUAGUACAAGUUGCUGCUUGUUGAUCUUUAUCAUCAAUGUAAAUUUCCUAAUUUUUUUCUUA